CACUAUAGACGAUUCAAAGAAGGCCAAGUUUGACGAUAUGAGCGUCGAAGACUUUUUCCAAGGUGGUUUUGAGGAACACUCAGAUGCCGGCGAUGAGAGUGAGAAUGAUGACUUUGCGGCUUUGGAGACCGUCGAAACAGAAGCUGCCGAUAGCGAUGUCGAGAACGAAGUGGACGAUGACGAGAUGGAUCAAUUGGACGAUGAAACUACAGAAUUGGACGAUGAAGCUUUGUUUGAAGAAGAUGAAGAUCAACCCAAGGAAAAAAAGAAGGGAAAGAAAGGUGCUCUCAAGGAAGACAUUUCUAAGCACAAAGAGGAACUCGAACUACUCAAGGAGCAAGAUCCCGAGUUUUACGAAUUCUUGAAGAAGGAGGAAUCUGGACUUUUGGAUUUCAACGUAUCCGAUGAAGACCUUGAAGAUGAAUCCGAACCCGAAGAUGAAGUUAUGAAAGAUGGUCAGGAUGAAGAAGAGGAAGAGCCAGAGCAAUCCCAGUUCUCAGAUGAGGAAUAUGCUGGUGGAUUGGAUGAACCAAUGACUGGCGCAAUGAGCCAUGCCGAUGCUCAAGUGGUCACAAAGGAAAUGAUUGAAGAAUGGGCUUCCGCCUUGGAGACUCGUAAAUCCGUCAAGACACUGAAGCACUUGCUGUCUGCAUUUAAAUGUGCUGCUCGAAUGAAUGAUGAAGACGACGAAAAUACCAGUUAUACCUAUAAAGUCACCAGUGGAACAGUUUUCAACAAGCUCAUUCUUACAACACUUCGACUUGUUCCUGUCUGUUUCAACUACAACCUUACUCCCAACAAGGAAGGUGCAUCACCAGUCACUGCCAAAAAGUGGAAUAUUCUUAAGGGCAUGGUCAAGUCAUACUGCUCAAAUGUGCUUCACUUGCUUCGAGGAUUGACAGAUAGCACCAUGGUAUACUAUAUUUUGAAGGAGACGGAGAAGUGCACAAAGUAUUUUGGUUGCUUCCCUCGCAUCACAAAGGAAUAUCUUAAUUCUCUGUUGCAACUCUGGUCUGGACCUACAUCCUCUGACAUUGUUCGCAUUCAAAGCUUUUUGAAUAUUCGUUCUCUCGCCUUGGCUCCUAUUGUUACUAAGCAGAGCAAGAACGCAAGCUAUUUAGAUGAUUGCUUGAAGGGAAUCUACCUCUCAUUUGUCCGAAACUCUAAGACCACCAGCGUCCACACUCUUCCCUCCAUCAACUUGAUGCGAAAUCUUGCUGUUGAACUUUAUGGACUCAAUCAGGAACUCAGUUAUCAGCAUGCAUUCACAUUUGUUCGUCAGCUUGCCAUUCAUUUGAGAGGUGCUAUGCAAAAUACGACAAAGGAGAGCUUCAAAACAGUUUAUAACUGGCAAUAUGUUCAUUGUAUUGAUUUCUGGGCCAACGUGUUCGCAACUUAUUGUAACACGGCGCGGGCAGAUUACGAACAAUCACCUCUGGCUUCGAUGAUUUACCCACUUACACAAGUCGCUAUUGGUGCCAUAAGGCUCAUUCCAACCGCACAAUACUAUCCAUUGAGAUUCCAUAUUAUUCGAGCAUUAACUUCAUUAGCAGACUCAACCAAGGUAUUCAUUCCGCUUGCACCAUAUAUUUUCGAAGUUUUCGAAAGUGCGGAAAUCAAAAAGAAGGGUAAAGCCGCUUCACUCAAGCCAAUGGAAUGGGACGUCUAUAUUCGAGCACCAAAACAAUUUCUCCACACCAAAGUGUACCAGCAUGGCAUUUUAGAACAGUUGUAUGAGUGCUUGAUAGAAUAUUACGCUACUUUCAGCUUGUCCAUUGAUUUCCCUGAAAUGGCUGGUCCCGGUAUUGUUCAACUCAAGAGAUACAUUAAGAAAUCCAACUACGUUAACUUCAACAAGCAAGUGCACGGCUUAAUUGAAAAGAUGGAAGCUACUGCAGAAUUUAUUCAAGAAAAGCGAUCGUUAGUGGAUUACAGCCCUGCCGACGUGGACAGCGUUAACGGGUUCCUGAAAGAUUUGAAGCCUAUUUCAACGCCCCUUGGCAAGUUCUUGAUCAACCACCGCAAGAUCAAAGCACAGAAACAAGCUCUGUUGGAAUCCGCGCGUGAGCAAGAACAGAAGCAGGAUUCUUAAUUUCCAUUACAUCCAUACUGUAGACCUCAAUUUGCAUCAGAAAUUUGUAUAUCUGUUCACGUCAACGCUUUUAUAGCAUGUGCACCGAGAUACUGCAUUUCGAAUUUUUUUUUUCUUUAUAAAAAAAAAAACCACAUUUUUAACAGCAAGAAACCGAAUCGUUAUAUUUUUGUUUUAUGAGCAAGGAAAAAAGGAAAUAGUACAGGAUUGCCAAACAAAUUAAUGUUAUAUCUCAAACUCGCCUUCAUCACUCUCUAACUCGUCAUCCGUGUCGUCAUACUCAU